UGAUAUAUCUAGAGAGUUUUUCUUAUUUUUUUUAUUUUUAUGUAUUUCUCCAGUAAUUUUCAUUUGACUAGUUCAACAACUUCUUCCCAAACCCUGAUUCGUCUCUAAUAUCUAAAAAGUUUGCCUAAAGUGUGUUUUAUCUUGAAAAUCUCCCCAGGAAGUGUGCGUCACAUUACGCCCAGCUUGCCUCUGAACUGUCAACUCAUAAUUAUCGGGAGUCAGGCUGCAGGAGUCAAACGCACAGGGGCAGCAGCGCAGCAGGUAGCCAGCAGCAGGAUACACACACACAUACAGCGGACGCUCUGGACUUUUUACCACUUUCAUUUUUAUUUUAUUUUUAUUUUUUUUAACCUCUUUAAUAACCAUUUCUAAUGUUUCAAAGUGUGAUGGCUAAUGCAUCAUACGUUGAUGUGGGAGUAUUAUUUCUUAUUGUGGUGGCAGCGUCUCUGGCCAACGGUUCCUCAUCCAGCAAAGACGUGAGGCAUGUGGACGCGGGCAAACUGAGUGCGCCCCUGCCCGGAGGGUGGAACCGCUUCCCCGCCGUGGCUCCCAGCGGAGAGGAGAGUCCGGCCCGGAGGCGAGCCAAGAGGUGCACGUGUUACUCUUACAAAGACAAGGAGUGCGUGUACUACUGCCACCUGGACAUCAUCUGGAUCAACACACCAGAGCACACUGUACCGUAUGGUAUGUCCAACUACCAGGGUUCCCUGCGUAUGCGGCGCUCUACUGAAACCGAGCGGGGAAAGCGGGGGGCGGAGGGCCAGCGGUGCGUGUGCUCGCUGCAGGUCGACUCUGGCUGCAGCAGCUUUUGCGUGAACAGGAGACAGAGAAGGACGCCCCGAAGACGGCCUAAAACAGGCGAGAGGACACAAAGUCUCCUCAGUGGGCCUGUCAUGAAAUGAACAACUAGGGACGUGCCUGUAAUCUGAAAGGAGGACACACACAAGGCAUCUUCUUAUUUGGAAAAGUUGCACGUACUGUAUAUCUACACUUCUUCUGUAGAUGGACAUGUGUUUUUGCGGCCUUUGAUGGUCAGACCGAUGGAAGAAUAACUGCCAAGCUGGCUUCAGAAGAAUUGAAAAUGAGGGGUUCCAGCUGGGACGCUAUCAGGCUGCACACACACACACACAGACACACACACACACACACACACACACACACACACCACUCAGCACUCUAUGCCUGUGUCUGUUCGGCAGGUGUUGAUGGUGUUUUUCAUUAUCCCGUCACGGCUGAGAGUGGUUUACAUGGCCUUUAUGUGUGGUUCUUGAAAGACUCCCGGUAAAGAAGUUUCUGUGGCACGUGUCCGCGACAUGUGAUGAGGAGGCCACUUCAAGAGCCGCUGCCAUCUGACCCUUCCACGCAAGACGUGAAAAUAUGAUCGCUAUGACUGGAUGUUAGCACACCACCAAGACUUUAUCAUGUUUUGUGUUUUGUUACAGUGACAGAGUCAUAUCCAGGAUGUUGGCUUUUACCUAUAUCAUUGUUCCUAAUUGUUAAAAACCCAGAUCCGGGUCCAAUUGUAAAUUGUUUUAUAAGCUCAAUCCAAAAGAAUGUAUAUUAAAUGUAUAUCAUAUAUGGGCUAUAAAUUAUAUUUUCAUACAGUA